GAGAACCAGUAAAGUAGCCGAGAGAAACAGAAGAAGAAGAGAGAAAAUGUCGAAGCAGGGUGCUGAGGUCGUAUGCGUCACCGGUGGAAGCGGCUGCAUUGGAUCAUGGCUCGUCCGCCUCCUCCUCGACCGCGGCUACUCCGUCCACGCCACCGUCAAAAACCUCCAUGACGAGGCCGAGACGAAGCAUCUAGAAGCCCUAGAAGGAGCCUCCACCCGUCUCCGUCUCUUCCAGAUCGACCUCCUCGACCGCGCUUCCAUCUCCGCCGCCGUCCACGGCUGCUCCGGCGUCUUCCACCUCGCCUCUCCUUGCAUCGUUGACCAAGUCCAUGACCCCGAGAAGGAGCUUCUGGAUCCGGCGAUUAAAGGAACUCUGAAUGUUCUGACGGCGGCGGAGGAGGCUGGAGUCAGGCGCGUGGUGGUCACGUCCUCCGUCUCGGCCAUCCAUCCCAGCCCUAGCUGGCCUGCUGAUGUGGUCAAGAGAGAGGAUUGCUGGACUGAUGUUGAGUACUGCAAGAAAAAGGGAUUAUGGUAUCCUUUGUCGAAAACGCUGGCGGAGAAAGCGGCUUGGGAUUUUGCCAAGGAGAAGGGGCUGGAUGUGGUUGUGGUGAAUCCGGGGACGGUGAUGGGUGAUGUUAUUUCGCCCAGGCUCAAUGCUAGCAUGUUAAUGCUUGUGCGCCUUCUCGAAGGCUGCACUGAAACAUAUGAGGAUUUCUUUAUGGGUUCUGUACAUUUUAAAGAUGUAGCUCUAGCACACAUUUUAGUUUAUGAGAACAAAUCAGCCACUGGUAGGCACUCGUGCGUUGAGGCGAUAUCACAUUAUGGUGAUUUUGUGGCAAAGGUAGCUGAACUUUACCCUGAGUACGAGGUUCCCAGUUUGCCAAAGGAUACUCAGCCUGGUUUGUUGAGGGAAAAGACUGGAGCGAAAAAGCUAAUGGACUUGGGUAUAGACUUCAUCCCCAUGGAUCAAAUUAUCAAGGAUUCCAUUGAGAGCCUAAAGAGCAAGGGAUUUAUUUCGUAAAAUGCAGCUGUGAGGGCAUGAAACUUAUCAGGGGCCAAAAUAUCAUGUAGAAGUGGUGAAGACAUGUAUGUUUAUAUUAUGUACCAGUCAUGUCUCCUUGCAAUCUGUAUGUGAAUAAAAGUUUGCUUCUCUAAGUAUCUAAGUUAAAGGAUGGACAUGAGUUGGAAAAAAAAGGGAAGUUUGCUUCUCUCCCUUGUACUGCUGCUCUUGUUCAUUUGCUUUGUGUCACUCUCAUCCACAACCUCUACUUCUCAGUUCUCACAGAGUAUACGAAGCCGCAGCCAAUUAGUCUGAUGUCAUUGUUAAACAUCUGCUCAAGAUCUUCGACGCUGGACUCACCUCUGUUGUUGACCUAAACUUUAUCCCUUAGGGCAGUGCCAUGUUGGAACUGAUCUAACAACACUAUCACAACCUGAUG